GGGGGAUCGGACGGCGUGGGUGAGGGUUUCGAACUAUCCUGAUCAGCAGGUAGCCUGAUCGAAACAUGGAGGAUAUUGGGAGUUGAUCAGUGUGCGUUGCUACCUGCAAUAUGCUUAGCGAGCGGAUUCCAACAGCGUGACUACCGCUUACACGGAUGCGUAACCACUGCACGCUGAAUGUAUUCAUUUAAAGGUGUGUCCCGGUUUCUGCUGUGCAUAAACUUCACGCUCCGGUUUCCCUGGAUGCUUUGUUGACACGCUGAUAACAUGUAGCAAAGGUCUGCAACGGGAUUUAGGAUGUGUUACGUAUCGCCCGUAUCGCAUGAUGGCCUCGCAUGAACACUGAGAGAAAACAUGAAAAUGGGAUGCUGCAGCCGAGUGCCACGAUGCCUUUCUCGAGUACCCUUCGCCACUCUGAUCGCGACUGUGAUGUUCUGCGCCGGAGUUGCCAUCUUCUUGGGAUCCACACAGCGUGCUGCAGCGUCUACCCUGCGUAUCGUGGACCUCCUCCUACCCACCGUCGUCACCAGCGGCAGCCGCCCGCGACCGCGUUACGGUGCGGACGAGGUCCGGGCUGGCCUGGUAGGAGGAGGCGUCACCAUGGGCGUUUUGGGCUUGGCACUGUUGGUGAUCGCGUGCUUAGCGACGGGGCCGACUCGUGAACGGUUAGGCUGGAGAGCUCGUGCUGGGUCCAGGUUCUGCUGUGCCCUCCUGAUGGGUUUGGCCUACGUGGCUCUCUUGGGCUGGAUAGCGCUGAGUGCUUGCGCGGGUCUGGCAGCUACACUCUGCUGGCUAGCGGGUGGAAUGUGUAGCCAGAUGAGAGACGAGACGGCCUGCGUCGACCUCAGGCAAUUUGAGUUCUUACUACCGACAGACGGCACCACCCAGUCCCAGCUGGUCCUCUGCGGUGGCAGACGCAAGGAAUUCUGCAAGGACCACGUAGAGGGCUCGACCGUUCUGUGGAUCCUCGGAGCGGCUUCCGGUGUCCUGGUGGUGCUGUCCCUGGUGCAUCACCUCAUGUGCCUCGCGGCAAAUUACGCUCACAUAAAAGACCAACAGAAGAUGGGCGAUCUUCAGCUUCUGCACGACCUCCAGGAGACCGAAAUGGCGGCUCUCGGUCCUGCAUCCAAGGACCGCUUCUAGGACAUGUGCCGGGACAUCUUCAGGGACGCUACCCUCCGCCGCGGAAGGUUUCCCGGCCGCUUCUAAUGGCCCGAACUGAAAUUCGGGAACGUUCGUUGCUCAAAGAAUGCACGAGCUUUGCGGUGAAGCCCAUAAGGAAACUUCGAAGCAUGUGACCAUGCAUUCCAUGGCAGCCUCACAAAUGAUGGCGUGCACAGUUUUGUCUUAUCUGCUGGGUUUGAUGCCUGCAUCGAUGAUGCGCUACUUAAUGGUAGAGUUUUAUAGUUUUUUACCUUUUCUUUGUGCAUUUUUCUCGUGAAUGGGACAGUCCCGUCGAAUACGACCUCCUUAGGACACCGGAUGAAACGGGCUGUAUGGGACCGUCCCUUUAAAGCUACGGGGCAGCGUAGAACAUGUUUUCAACGUCUCGAAAAGUAUGUUGAGUAUUUUCAUGCUUAUAAAAGCCUCUGUGCAGGCAGUUAUUUACUGAGGACUUUCACCAUCUGGUCUGCUGCUUAAUCAUUUAUACCAUUCGUCAGCCAAGCAGCUUACAGAUUUAGAUGCCAUACAGAAAUUAUGGCUUUUGUACGGAACUACAGUCAUGCCUCGUUAAUAUGGACACUUUUCGUCCAUUCUGUUCAGGAGGGGGGGAAGGCAAAAGUGCACCUCUAGAGGUUCCUGUUAUGACAUCUGAGCAUAAUCAUGACGACCCAUGACGAAAGAGCGCAGUCUUUCACAAGCGACCUUGGGGGUCCGGGAGGGAGGGGGCAUGCCCCCCCCCCCCAUGCCCCCUCACGGUACGUUCAUGAUACUGAUACUGUACAUAAUAAAGCAACAAAAAUACAUGAGCUUGAUAUGGUUUGUACCUUGCUGGACCGUCAAUCGUCCAAAAAGCGAGUUUCCAUAUUAACGAGAAGAAAAUGCAUCGAAAAAAUUGAUGAAAGGCAGGCUCUUAGGCACUUGCGGCUUGUAUGAAUGUAUUUGUCCCUUCUAUGUGUUCCAGCCCGACAACAUUAAUUGCCACCGUGUGCGUUGAAAAAGUUUGGUCCUCACAAAAAUCGUCCGUAUUAACGAGGCACGACCGUAUAUAUUUAUUCUAGAACUGCUCCGCCAACCAUUGUCCACCACUGUGUGGGCUUUCCCAAUUCGCAAGUUCCGCGGCCUAUAGGUGGCGCUCCUAGAAAUUCAAUAUGGCUAUCCGAGAGAUGUUCGAUUGGUUUUAAAUCGUUUGCCCAUCGUAUCGAAAUGACGAAAACGAUGAGCGCACAAACAUACAGACACGAUAAACGCAUGUACCUACAUGGAUUACGCAGUUCCCCACCAAACACGGCAGACGCCUGCGUCUACGGAACUUGCGGAUACUUUGGUACCCCCCCCCCACACACACACAUUUGUAUCACAAUGUAGUAUAGCGUUACUUUCGAGUAGAUAAGCGUGAUGAACCUUGGACCGCAUUAUUACGCUACUAUGUUUGCAUUUAAAUCUCUUUUCGCAUACCCCGAAGUGUUGAGGAGGCAGAGCUUACCACUACCUGCCAUGGCAUUGUUGAUAAGGUGUAUAUAUUUAUGACAGACUAUUCUUGUAGCUGUCCCACUUAUGGAAUGUAAUCAGAAUACUCCGUCCAGUGUUUUUCUUUUUGUCACAAUAUUUUGUAAUAUUGCAGCUCGAGAGAUCAUGGCACAAAGUGCACUGUGUGAUGUUGCAAACUCGGAUAUAUGAGCAUGCAACGUUUAGUUUGCAACACUGUCACUCACUUGCCUGUGGGUUGUGAUAGAGAAAAUCCGUCCCAUCGACGCUCCCAGUGAUAUGUAUAUUAUGCCGUAGCAUGGUAAAGAGUACGGAGCUUGGUACUGCCGGUGGAAAAACUAUCGUAUGUAUUUUGAACAAGUUGCGGACGUUUGUAUUUAUGCGCGGAAUAAAGGCAGGAAUUAUUGGA